AUGGAGAAAACUGUACAGGAAUCAGCGUUGACCCUUGCUCCCAUGCGGCGGCCCCUGGCCCUCCAGGCAUUGACAGCAGCAGCAGCAGUAGCGAUGCUAGCCACCGCUACUCUUUCCACGAACUUUGGUCCCUCCGGCGUUUCUGCUGCUGCGGUCAAGAUUGCUGCUGCUGCAGAAGCACUAGCAGCAGUAGCCGAAGCAGAAGUAGCGGCACCCUGCCCACGAGCCGAUGCCACACCCACAGCCCGCCCGAAAGCAAUCGUAUACCGCGGCCCAGCCUCUUCAGAGGGCUGCCCGGAAGCCAUCGCCAACCUCCUCGGCAACGGCUCCACCAGCACCACCACCACCACCACCUUUGACGUCAUCUUUGCCGGGCCCAACGAGCCGCUCGACGUGACCCCCGAGACCCUGCGCGGCGCGGCGCUCUACGCGCACGGCGGGGGUCCCGACCUGGACGAAGCGUACGACCUGACGAGGCAGUAUGAGGACGCGAUAAGGGAGUUUGUCGGCGUUGGGGGUGGGACGUAUCUCGGUUUCUGCCUUGGUGCGUAUCUCGCGGGUGGUGCUGGGGAGAGAGGUGGCGGAUAUGGGCUGCUUCCGCCCGAGGACGGCGUUGUUGUCGACGGUCUGAAGUUUACGGGUGGUGAUGGUGACGGGGAAGUCGUGGGUGGCGGAAGGGUGUUGGGGCGGUACUCGGCGAAUGGAGAUGUUGCUGCUGCGGUGCUGCCAUUCGGGAAGGGCUGGGUUGGACUGGUUGGGCCGCAUCCCGAGGCCGAUCAGAGCUGGUUCUGCGCUAAGAGUCCUACACUUCACACACUGACCAAUCUUCGUGCGGAGUCUGCGGCAGAACGUCGAUCAGGCUCACCACAAGUAGUCUGGCAGAGUCAUAUUCACUCCCAAGCUGCCUUGUGCUCCUUUCCGUAG